UUGAUCUGUAUAACGGAACGUACAGCUGUUUACAGCUGAUUAGUAUUUCUAGUAUCGCGACCACUCACUUCACCUCUCGUUUUGAACUGAGACGAUAAGUAGGCAGGUGCGCAAUCAUUCAUGCAUUUGAAAGUUAAUAAAGCAUCGCGACUGUACAGAUGUGACUUCACGGGAAACCAGCGCAGUUCCUUAAGUAUCGGGGUGAUGUGGUCAAAUUUCCUUCUGUUGCUCACUACUCGUGCUGCGAAGUUUUGGACUCCUUGAAGUCGGGAUAGGUUGCUGCAAGAAGUAUUUGACCAAAGCGAGGACCAAUAGUAGAGUUUGCUAAAUACUAAGGCGUUGAUGACAGUUAUUAAAAGGUUUUUACGGAAGACAUGCUUAGCGCGAUUUAUUUGGCAGAGGCUUGACUUGUAGGAUGAAACAGUAGAAAGGAUGUGAUUGUCGAAGGAGAGAAUUGGAUCAAACUUAACUCCGAGAUCUUUCCCUGAUGAAGCAGGUGUUAGUUCCUUACCAAGUAGCGAGAGUCUAAAAUCAGGUAACUUCGCGAGCAUUUGGCUGCUUCCGCGUAGACCAUCAAUUUAGUUUUGUCUGGAUUCACCAAGAGCAGGUUAUCAAAACACCAGUUUCGCAUUCUAAUCAAAUCCUCGUUUAGAUCAGUCAGCGCAAUGUUCGAGUCAUUGAACUUUUGGCGACUGACGGCAAAUCAUUCACAUAAAUACUGAAAAGUAACGGGCCCAGAAUACUUCCCUGUGGGACACCACUAACUACUAACAAAAUCUCAGAUAGAGUAGAGUUGAUACGUACUGCUUGGUAUCUCUCGCUGAGGUAACUUUUAAAACAACCCAGGCAUCUAGACGAGACACCAACGUCCUCCAAUUUAGCAAGCAGUAUAUUAUGGUUAAUGCUGUCAAAAGCUUUGCUCAUGUCCGAAAGAAUAACUGCUGUUACUUUCUUCUGGUCAAUUGCUUUAAGAAUAGAGUCGGUGGAAUGAAUAAUGGAGGUUUCUGUUGAAUGCCAGGUUUUGUUGCCACUUUGAUGCACAGAGAGACGAUGAUUGGUGGUUAGGUAAGACGUCAGUUGGUGGAGUGCUACACGCUCACAUACUUUUGAAUGAACUGGUAAUAGGGAAAUGGGUCGGUUAUUGUUCGCCAGCUCAUGAUCACCUUCUUUUGGAAUGGGAGUUACUUCCGUGAUUUUCCAAGUAUUCGGGAAUAUAUUGUUCACCAGAGAGUUGUUUAUGAUUGAGAUUAUCCAUGGCGAAAUAACGGGUAAAACCCCUCCCUUCGGCAGCUACAGUACGUCUCUGGAUAUCUGGGUAUGCGCAGUAUCUGUCAAUCUGUUUGAAAAGUGUUUUCAUGCAACGAACUUUGAGCCAUGAAGGAUUGUCGAUUGCUGUUGUAAUUUAAAAUCUGAAUUGUAAGUAUGCAUGUUCGUACAAUAUAUUCUUGCAGUUGAAGAACAUCACUUUUUUCAAGCCUCGAUCAACUCGAUUUUGCAUGUAGGAUCAUAAUUUUCCCAGUUGAAAGGCUCCUAUUCGAUGUAUGGGUAGUUACAUUGCCUAAAAUCGUUAUUUAACGUAAUUCCAUAGUAUACUAGAAUAAAAACUUCAUCAGAUAUUAAGUUUAGGUCAUUCGCAUCAUUUGUUUCUUGUACUGAAGCCAUUUAUUUUCCAGCGCAAAAUUGUGCGGCGGUUCAAUCUUCAAAAUUCCCAAACAAUUUUAUAUUAAUAUAAUAUUCAAUGUUGAAACGUUCAAUGUUGUAACGAUAGUAUUCAAAAUUGUUUGACUGCACGAACCCUUUGGAUAGUGCUGGUAUGACAUGCAUUAUUUAAUACACAUACAGGAUCACCAAACCAGAGAUCACAACACGACUGCAUGGCUGGAAAAUUUGUUUUUCGCUAAAAACAUUUUAAAAUCUCUUUAAUAAAAUCCUCACAUUUUUACAAUAUCAUGCAUUCUUGCAAUACUUGCAUAAUAUUUUUAAGUUAUGAAUUUUUCUUGCAGAGACUAAGGCCUGUUUCAAACAUCGCACUUCUCAUGUGCCGAACGCAUUAGAAACAAUAGAUUAUGAGGCAUUUCGAUCAGCUGAUUAUCUGAGGUUUUUAAUGCGUUUAGCACAUGAGAAGCGCGACGUUGGAAACAGGCCUAAGGCCCGCUUAAUACUUCGAAUUUUGGUCGCGUCGAAUGCAAUUACGACAAUCGAUAAUGAGAAUAUAAACCACAUUACGCUUUAUUAACUAUUGUUUGAAUUGCAUUCGACACGACCGAAAUUCGACGUAUAAAACAGGACUAAGUAAUUUCAUUAAGCCCUGAUGGAACGCACAACCUUCGAAUCUGGUUUCUAGUGCCACAAUCAUUAAGCCUUUAAGUAUCAGAGCAACCAAGUGCUUGAUGGACGUCAAACUAUCAUCAUACAGCUGUAUAUCACUGAAAAGAUGAUCAUUAUAAUCAUUGUAAAUACGAUCACAGCAUGUGAUAUUGCACAAUCCCAUCGUUUAACAUUUUCCCGAAUUUUUAAUGUAAUGUGAGUGCUGGCUUGUAUAUAUUUUCCAUGUUAUACAGUUAGAGAGGGAGGUUCAGAUUUUGACUUACACCACCGUUAUCAUUAAUCAAUCAGAUGCAUUAACCGUCUUCCACACGAUACGCCAAUGAAAUGAGUAUUAAGACUGUGAGAGGUAGAGAGGUGGAAAUAAAUUUGGAAGCUCUCUAUAAAUUUCGUAAGAAAACAGAAGUACAAAAUAAAGAUUUUAUGAAUAUUUUUAUCUAAUAAAACUCCCAUAUGCAAACAAUACUUAUAAUAAAGUAAUAAUAAACUAAUAAAAAAACUAUAUUUCAAUAAUAUUUUACUGCCAAUUGAAAAUCAGAAUUUUGUCUAGGAAAAAAAAGAAUAUUGCACGCUGUAGAUCACACGCCCCCAGCGCGGUCGUAUUACAGGGCCGUAAUUUAUUUUACGGCUGGGCGGAGGGCGGGGGGGGAGAGCUUGUUUUGCCCAACCAAAAGGGCGUGGCGAAAGUCGUGCUAGAGGGAGAUCAUUAAUAUUUCUUUUCCCAAAUGUUUUUACUUGCGAACUAUUGUCGACACAAAUUAAACCUGGAAAAGUGAUAUAAUUUCAAGUUGUUUAAUAUACACUCAUGUUGGAAUAUUAUUAUUAUUUCGCACCUUCCAAACUUUCUUGAAUGGAAUCUCUAGCGUCUCUAUUCAUUUACAAGCAUUGCGACUGAACCAGAAGGAAAUUCAGUAUAAUAAGUUAUAUAUAUAUAACUUUUUUAAGACUUUAUUCUUAUCCCACGUUUCGGGUCAUGCCCCUUUAUCAAGGAUAAAUAACAGAGUUAGAUGCUUUUAUAUCCUAUUCAAUUCAUUAACAUAAAUUACCCAAAAUCCCUUACAUUUAAUCCCUUAGAUGCAAACCUGUCCAAUUAUAUGCCCAAAAUGCCUCUUUUUGCGUAGGAUCAUUCAUAUUUUUUUUGUCAAUAAUAAUAACUCUGUGAUCGGCCAAGCGCUCGUGUUCCUCGCCAAAAAAAAUUUUUGCAAAAAAUUAAUUGUAAAUUUGCCCAAGAUUUUGCGUAAAUAUCACCGACAUGUUAUGCAAUUAUAUUAUUGCAAUUGCUUUAUAGCCCCUACCUGGGUACCCAGUACAAAACAACUGCAAGGUAAACUCGUUUAUUUUAAGAAAUCUGAAAAUUUCUGUGAGCCAAAUUAUUCCGUGGGCAUUGUUGGUGUUGGUCGCACAUGUAAUCGCACAUCGAAUGGUCAUGAUGAUUGUACUGCGAUAUGCUGUGGACGACCUUACAAGACAUCUGUGUCGGUUGAAAUUGUGAAAUGCAAUUGUCGUUUUGAAUGGCCUUGCUGUAAGAUAAAGUGUGAUAGAUGCAAGCAAACACGAGUUGUGGACACUUGUUGGUAAUGCUAUAUAUCUGGAUAUUGUUUUCGUAGAAGAACAGUGGUUUAGAUGACGUUAUUUGUGCGUUGUUGUGUAAUCUUCACCUCUGCAGAGGAUUACAUGAAGUUUGUAGUUGUGUAAAUUAUUUUUAAAUGCCUAAGGUAGCUUAGCGAAGUUUGAUGCCAUAUAUUGUGCUAAUUUCUUUCAAAGCCGGAACAAAAUUAUAAAGGUGUUUAGAAUGAGGAAUUAGACUUCUUCGCACGUCUAGAACUCUUAUCACCAUAAUUAUCAAACAUCCUAGAGAGAACUUUUACAUUAAUGGUCAAUUGGAAGAAAUCCAAUUUUGAUCAAAAAUGUUUUAGUUAUGCCAUGGGACUAUCAUCAAUUCCUUUUACAAAUUAAAAUAUAUUGGCAUUAGAAGAUAGCGUUACAAUUUCUAGCCUGCGAACAGGCUCACUGGAAGAAAGGUGAGCCUGCACGGAACCAUGCGUUUUAUUCAAUCAUAGUUAAUAGAAACACAGACAUGGUUAGGAAAGCUGGGUCACGUGACGAAUUAUGUUAUUGUUCGGAUUGAUGACUGUGACGUCACAACGAAGGUGCAUCAAUGGCCCUUUGAUUAAUAGAAACAAUAUGGAGCCAUAUCGUAUUUCAAAAUAUUCUUGCUUCGUUUCGCCGCUGUUGCGUAUGCCGGGCGCUAACUGCAGCAUUUUUGGCUGCAAUACUAGUCGAAAAACUACUGGAGUAAGUAUUUUUGCGUUGCCUAAAGGGGAAGACGAGUUAUCUCGGAAAACUCGUGAAGAGUGGAUAAGACAAAUAACAAGAAAUCGUGUUAUAGACCAAGAUUUAAGACGGCAAAUUGAGGCGCGUACACUGCACAUCUGCGAAAACCAUUUCGAGGAAAGGUUUAUUGAAAAACGUAAGUCUCACUAACAUUAUGAAUAUAUUAAUGUUUUCUUCAUUUGCAUACGUAAAAUCCUUUUUAUUUGUCAUAUUAAUCGAUGCGUGACCAAAUAUAUUGUCUUGUAUGAUAUAUGAAAUGUGUGAUCAAUGUAUGAAUCCUUGAAUGGCCCUUUGUUUAUGUUGCAGAUUCUACUCGUAAAAGAUUGACUCCUGGAGCAAUACCAACAUUAAAUUUUCAAAAAAAAUCGUUUGACUCGGAGACACAAUCAAGGAGAAAAAGUGAAAGGAAUGAAACGCCUAUUGAGCCCUCCACUAGUGGCAUAAAAUCGAAGGUAUAUAAACAUCUAGAUGAUUUUAAAUGUGUGAUUUCUCGUGUAAAACUAUCUGGGUGGUCUAGAAAGGAAACCGAACAUGAUUUUACGCUGGAUUACUUUGACUCUGAACAUGCACUACCAUUAUAUUCGAUAAGAGUGGAUUCUGGUCUUGGGUUUUCUAUAGCUGUCUUUGGUUGGUUUUUGCCUGACACCCAUGAGAUUUAUUAUGAACAUAAACGUUCUCUGUUUGAUAUAUCUGCGCCAUCACUGUGUAAAGUAGUCCAAUCAUUUUCUGUUUGUCCUGGUUUGCCUGAAACUUUACAUGCAGUUGAUCCUAUUGUUGGUAUUUCACAAGUUACCAAGCACUCUGUACCCAUUGCUCCAGAGUUGUAUUGUGAUGAUGGUCCACCAUUCAAAGUUAAGGUGUUUGCCAGGUCAGAGAAUUGUGCAGUAUUGUUCAAUUUAGCAGACCAAGAUUCCUGUCAUAGUUGUUUGAGCCUUUUCCAAGCUAAACAAAAAAAGGUGCCUUUGAAAUCUGCACUGAAAGCAACGGCUGUUAAAGAUAAAGCUCCUUUGACCAGCUGCAGCAAAGAAAGGUUGAUUGCCACCAUCCAGCAACAACGUGUAAGGUGUAAAGAUCUCGAGAGCCAGCUUGUGAACAUGCAAAGGGAGAUUCAUUCGAACAGUAUUGAGAUCAAUAAAACUCUUGAAGACGACAUCUUGAGUAUUUUGGAUAAGAGUGAUCUUAAAACUUCGCCCCAUAUGAACUUGUUCUGGCAACAGCAGAAGAAACUUCUGGCAUCCCCCAAGUUCGGUCGAAGAUAUCAUCCCCACCUUAUCAGAUUUUGCCUCUCCUUACACUCCAAGUCACCAUCAGCAUACCGAGAACUGGUAUCAUCUGGUGUUUUAGUGUUGCCGAGUGAACGGGUUUUAAGGGACUACAGGAACUUCUUCAAACCAAAACCUGGUUUCAAUGAAGCAAAUGUUACCCAAUUACGAGAGCAGACCAAUCAACUGUUUGAUGUGCAGAGGUAUGUUGUAUUGUCAUUUGACGAGAUGAAAAUUCAGUCAAAUUUAGUUUUUGACAAACACAGCAAUGAACUCAUCGGUUUCGUUGAUCUUGGUGAUGAUGAUGUCAAUGUGGCAGCUCUGGACUCACCUACUACCCUUGCAAGUCAUGUUUUGGCAUUCAUGAUUAGGGGUGUAGCAAGUGACCUGAAAUAUAUCCUUGGAUAUUUCAGCACUGAGAAUGUUACAGCUUACCAAUUAAUGCCAUUGUUUUGGAAAGCUGUUUCCAUUCUUGAGUUAGGGUGCAAUUUAUGGGUAUGUGCUGCUGUCAGUGAUGGUGCUUCGCCGAACAGGAAGUUUUAUGAGCUACAUGCUGGGCUUGUUGGGGAAGAGUACAAGGUUGAUUUUGUAUAUCGAACAGUCAAUCUCUUUGCUCCAACACGAUUCAUUUACUUCUUCUCUGAUGCUCCCCAUUUACUCAAGACAGCGAGAAACUGCCUUUUCAAUUCGGGUACAGGGAAACAUACAAGAUUAAUGUGGAAUGGUAAGAAUAUGAUAUGGAAUCAUAUAGCUGCACUUUACCAUGCUGAUUUAGAACAAGACCUGCAUCAGCUACCCAAGCUAACAGUUCACCACAUAAAUCUUACCUCAUUUUCCAAAAUGAAGGUUCGUCUGGCUGCGCAAGUGAUGAGCAACACAGUUGCUAUGGCUCUUUAUCGGCACUACCCCCAAGGAGACGCUGAGGAAACUGCAAAGUUUUGUGAGAUGGUCAACAAGUUUUUUGACUGUCUCAAUACCCGGUCAACUACUGAGCACAUAAGAAAGCGGAAUGAGUUUCUAGCUGAAUACACUAGUCUCGAUGACAGUCGUUUUGAUUGGCUACAAAAUGUAUUUACUGCAUACCUCGAGGACUGGUACAAGAGAGUCCAAGAACGACCAGGUGCAUUUACAAGUGAUGACAGAGGAAAGAUGUUCAUCUCGCAUCAAACAUACAAAGGGAUAAAGAUAACUGUAAAUUCAUUAAUCGAGGUUGUAAGGUUUCUGCUUUCAGAAGGUUGUGAAUUUGUACUAUCUGAAAAGUUUUGCCAGGACCCUUUGGAAGAGUAUUUUGGACACCAGAGAGCAAGAGGUCGGUUUAGUGAUAAUCCAACACUGCAAUCAUUUGGCUACAAUGACCUCACGAUUGCAGCACAACGUGGUAUAGAUCCUGUUGUCAGAGGAAAUGUGUCUGGUCGGCAUGAAGAGAAAAGCUCAAAAAGCUCAAAGUGGUAUGCAAUUUCUGAGGAACCCCUUCCAAAACGAAAGAAAACAAAGGCAAAGAAACCAUAA